AUCUGGCUAUCCAUAUGACAAAUGGAAUAAGAAGCAUCAAAUAUAAGCCAGUACACUAUCAACAGUUGAAAGCAUUAACAGAAGCAAAAUUAGCUUCUGCCUCUACAGAGCUAAAGAUCCGAAAAACAGUGCAGACUUCAAAGAUAUCUAAAGAACAAGCACUAAUAAAACAACACAAACAAGCAUGGUGGCAGGAACACCAAAAGCUAAAUGAAGUCAGAUAUAAAAUGGAAUCUGAAAUAAAACGUUUUCUCAAUCAAGAGCACAUUGGCAAUGAAUGUCUUGCUGACUUUAUAAAUUUUGAGCAAGAGCUGUCAGAACAAUGGUCCAUAUAUCUUAAAAAUGUAAUAAAUCCUAUUCAUCAAUUGAGAGCAGAUCUAAGAUAUAGACAACAUGACAUUUUAGAGCAUUCACAUACUGAGUUUAAUGCUGUGAAAAUACUGGAAGAGGUUGACUCUGUGAAAAAACAAUUGAAAGCUGUCUUUGAAAAGCUUAGUCUGGAACAACAGGAAAUAGAAAAUGACCUUUCAGACUGGAGUAUGAAGAUACUAGAUCAUUGUUCAGAAGAAAGAAGCUAUCAGCUUAGUCAACUGCCCAGGGAAUUAGAAACUUUGGAAUGCCCAUAUCCUGAUUUGAAAUCUUCAGUCCUUAAUGAAUUCUGUAACUUUACAGAAAAAUAUAAAAAGAAACUCCAAGAUUUUGAUAUGCAGUUAGAAGACAUACACAGAAACUUCCAGUUAAGUGAGGAAGAUCACUGGAUUUACCAGGCUGUUUUGGAUCAGUAUCCUGGAGAUCUCUGUGGCAGAAGAACUCUGUAUCUGGACAUGUUGCAAAGACAUUUUCCUCACAAAUCCAGGCGUGAUUUGGUAAGACAUGAGAAAUAUUGUGAUCAAUAUCACUUUGCUAAGGAGCAGCGAAGGAUCCUGAUAUCAAGUUGGAAUAAGACUAGGAGAGACUUUAUACAGAAGGCCGUGGUAACACUUGUGGAGGCCUGUGUAGCUCAUGAAAUGGAGAGUGCAUUGGUGAAGGAUAGGAAAAAGCAACAGGAAUUAUGUGCUGACCUGAAAGCCAAAGUUCUUCAGUGGAGAGUCCACCAGGAAGAGGUAGCAAGACUAGAAAUGGAAAUUUCUGCCAGAAGAAGAGAAAAGGAAAAGGAGAAAAAGAAAUUGUGGAAGAAGAAGAAGAUGUUACAAAGAGAAGAGAAGAAAAAUCAAAUCAGAAAAUACUGGGCUAAAAAAGAACAGAAGUGGCAAGAAAUGGAAAUGAGAGAUCUUCAGCAUCUAGAAGAACUGAAGAAAUUCAUGGCUGAGCAGUCAAUAAAAGACAGAGAAAGGGUUAAAUAUAGGCAAGGAUUGUUGGAAAAGCGUUUGAUGGAGAAAAAAGAAGUGGCCCUUCAAGAAGCACAUGAAGAAGAAGAGAGAGAGAGGCGCCUAGAAGCCCUGAGGAAACAGGUUGCUAUUGUUGCUCAAUUUGAUCCUGUUAGAAUGAUGUCAGGUACGAUGGCUUCGAAAGCAAGGAUGGGGAUUGGAAUUGAAAUUGAAGAAGAAUUUAUUCUUCAAAAGCCACUCUUCACAUUGAAUACAUACAAUGAACAGCAGAUAAUUUCUGACCCUAGACUUCGUUUUGAAUUAGCACUUCGAGACGUUGGACUUCAUAAAACAUUUUAUGCCAGAGAGAUAUUACCAAAAAUCAGUCCACAAAAACCUCCAAGAAAGGACAUGGAAUCUACUGUAUUUAAAAUCUAGAGUUCAGCCUUAAAUCCUAUUAUAUGUAAACAAGAUUUUUUUCCUUGAAUUCAUUUAUAUGGAUAGCAAUGAUUACUACUUUUACUUUGAAAAAAUAUAUAUACACACCAGACAUAAAAAUCAUAGCAUAUAUAAAAACAACUCUGCCUUUCUUUUUUG